AUGUCUCUCCACUCUUCCCACUUCUCCACCACCAUCCCUCAGUACUCGUGUGGUGCUAAAAAGGGAAAGCAGCAAAUGUACAUGGAGUUCGACUUCCAUCAUGCUCCAGCUGAGGCAGUCCAGGCUGCCCCUGAUGGAGCCUCGGCCGAAAGUCUGGAAGUGCUUCUCCCUGUUGAUGCCCAGAGACAGCCCAUUGCAGGACCUGUCCAUGGUUUCAUCAAGGAGGAAAUUCCCCAGCCCAAUGGCAAAGAGAGUAAGGAGGUGUUCCACCCCUUUGGUUUCAACCAGCCUGUUCCUGUUGUCCCUGCUGCUCCUGUUGCCCCUGUUGCCCCUGUUGCUCCUGUUGCCCCUGCUGCACCGGCUGUACCAGCUGCACCAGUUGCACCAGUUGCACCCAUGCUCCAAAUUGCAGCUGCCGUCCCUGCUCCCAAACCCAAAGAUGAUGAUGAUGACGAUGAUGACGAUGAGUAAAAUGACUGAUUGUAUGUCAACGAUGUCCCGUCAACACCGCUCUGAAUUUCCCAAAGCAGACUGACAGAA